AUGUUAAAAGAUAAAGUCAAACUAUUCGCCCUGUCAAUGCUAAGUGUUGCCAGUGCACAAUUCGAGUGUCCUAGAAGCCAGAGACAUCAUUUAGUGUGCCAUGAGACAGACUGCGCUAAGUUUUAUUAUUGCGAGUAUGGUGUGAGACGAAACGACGCACGACAAUGCCCUGCAAGGACUCUGUUCUCUUUUGAGAAGCAGGUAUGUGAUCAUCCACGCAAUGUUAUUUGUCGGACAAACAACAACGGAGGAUGCAGUGAUGGCGGAAACAAUUGUGACUGUUCUAAUAGACCGAUUCUUCCAAAUGGUUGUCCAUGCAACCACAGCAUCCGUCAGUUGCUGCCGCAUGAAACAGACUGUACCAAGUUCUAUCAGUGUGACAAGGGAAAGAAAAUACUAAGAGAAUGUGCUCCGGGAACACAUUUUAAUGCAAAAUUACAGGUUUGUGACCACCCCUCCAGUGCUGGUUGUGAUCCAAAUUGUGGUGGUGAGGGAGGGGAAACGGGUGGUGGAAGUGACGGCGACGGAGAGACCGGCGGGGGUGACAAUUGUGACUGCCCUAAUGGACCGAUUCUUCCAAAUGGUUGUCCGUGCAACCACAGCAUCCAUCAGCUGCUGCCGCAUGAAACAGACUGCACUAAAUUCUAUCAGUGUGACAAGGGAAAGAAAAUACUAAGAGAAUGUGCUCCGGGAACACAUUUUAAUGCAAAAUUACAGGUUUGUGACCACCCCUCGAGUGCUGGUUGUGACCCAAAUUGUGGUGGUGAUGGAGGGGAAACGGGUGGUGGAAGUGACGGCGACGGAGAGACCGGCGGGGGUGACAAUUGUGACUGCCCUAAUGGACCGAUUCUUCCAAAUGGUUGUCCGUGCAACCACAGCAUCCAUCAGCUGCUGCCGCAUGAAACAGACUGCACUAAAUUCUAUCAGUGUGACAAGGGAAAGAAAGUACUAAGAGAAUGUGCUCCGGGAACACAUUUUAAUGCAAAAUUACAGGUUUGUGACCACCCCUCGAGUGCUGGUUGUGACCCUAAUUGUGAUGGUGAGGGAGGGGAAACGGGUGGUGGAAGUGACGGCGACGGAGAGACCGGCGGGGGUGACAAUUGUGACUGCCCUAAUGGACAGAUUCUUCCAAAUGGUUGUCCGUGCAACCACAGCAUCCAUCAGCUGCUGCCGCAUGAAACAGACUGCACUAAAUUCUAUCAAUGUGACAAGGGAAAGAAAGUACUAAGAGAAUGUGCUCCGGGAACACAUUUUAAUGCAAAAUUACAGGUUUGUGACCACCCCUCGAGUGCUGGCUGUGACCCAAAUUGUGGUGGUGACGGAGGGGAAACGGGUGGUGGAAGUGACGGCGACGGAGAGACCGGCGGGGGUGACAAUUGUGACUGCCCUAAUGGACCGAUUCUUCCAAAUGGUUGUCCGUGCAACCACAGCAUCCAACUGCUGCUGCCGCAUGAAACAGACUGCACUAAAUUCUAUCAAUGUGACAAGGGAAAGAAAGUACUAAGAGAAUGUGCUCCGGGAACACAUUUUAAUGCAAAAUUACAGGUUUGUGACCACCCCUCCAGUGCUGGUUGUGACCCAAAUUGUGGUGGUGACGGAGGGGAAACGGGUGGUGGAAGUGACGGCGACGGAGAAACCGGCGGGGGUGACAAUUGUGACUGCCCUAUUGGACCGAUUCUUCCAAAUGGUUGUCCGUGCAACCACAGCAUCCAUCAGCUGUUGCCGCAUGAAACAGACUGCACUAAAUUCUAUCAGUGUGACAAGGGAAAGAAAGUACUAAGAGAAUGUGCUCCGGGGACACAUUUUAAUGCAAAAUUACAGGUUUGUGACCACCCCUCCAGUGCUGGUUGUGACCCAAAUUGUGGUGGUGAUGGAGGGGAAACGGGUGGUGGAAGUGACGGCGACGGAGAGACCGGCGGAGGUGACAAUUGUGACUGCCCUAAUGGACCGAUUCUUCCAAAUGGUUGUCCAUGCAACCACAGCAUCCAUCAGUUGCUGCCACAUGAAACAGACUGCACCAAGUUCUAUCAAUGUGACAAGGGGCAGAAAGUACUAAAAGAAUGCGCUCCGGGAAAACACUUCAACGCUAAAUUACAGAUAUGUGACUGUCCAUCGAACGCUGGAUGCGAGAAUAAAUGUAAGAACUGCCACGUUCCACAUUGGCGUGAUGAAAUAGAAUGCAACAAGUUUUGGAGGUGCGUCGGAGAAAAACAAGUCUUAUAUACUUGUCCUGAAGGCUUAUAUUACAAUGAAGCAAGACAGACUUGCGAUUUUAAGUGCAAUGUUAAUUGUCUUUGCAAAAAUAAAACACCUUAUGGUUUGAAUGUUUUCUUUCCGUGGUUAGAAGACCAUAGUAUGGAAGAAAAAGAGAAUUUGGAAGUUUUUAACGGGAACAACAUAGCAUAA